CCAAUUGUUGACCAUCAUUCUCAUUUAUCCUUCCAAGUCACAUCUCCAAAUCAAGCAUAUUGCAUCAAGCGCCAUGGAAGAAGACAGCCCGAUGCCAGACACUUCCCUGGACGACUUGGCAGUUGCAGACCCCAGCUACGAGGAGUACGACGGCACGUACAGAAGCAGGGAGGUGCCAAUCGAGGACUACAAGCAUACCAUGGAGGCUUUGGAAGAUGAAGUCAACCGGUUUAUGAUUGAGAAAUGUAAAGUCGAUGCCUGUGUGGAUUGGUUUUUCGAAUGCCUACCCAAGGAUUUACCGUCCCGAGUCGAUCAAUUCUGGCGCUACAGCUCCCAUCCCGACUUCAAUUUGUUUACCGGGGAAGAUGCUGAAAAGUUGAAUAGUGCCUUGGCGGAGCUGCGAACCAACCUGCAUCGUCUGGUGCCGGGGUAUCUGGAUGAUGGAAUGGAUAUCCUCGAGAAUCAGAAGUUGAAGAAGAGAAUUACUGAGGGAUGGAGGGCGUGGGCCAACCAGACCUUGUACAACCGCAUGUCUAGAAGAAAGAAAGUGGUCCCGGAAGAGAGGAUCUCUCGGUCUCUGUUGGACAUACUGAUGGAGAAGCAAUACCGUCAGCGAACUGGGACGGCAGAACACACCGACACAGCGAGGCAGGCUGCAUUCAAUGACACUUGUCGUCGUCUUAGAGAGUCCAUCGAGGGUGAAAAGGCAUCAGCGUUGUUCUCCUGUGGCGGGACAAUCGGCAUUGGCGAAGCUGAAGCUGGGCAGAAGGUGGUCUCUCAAACCUCGUCGCCAGUGAGCAUCUUCUGGGCGACUGAGAAGAACUCGACAGCACGAAAGGUCGUUCUGCCCCUGGAUAGUACCACGCAAGAGUCCAGUGCAGAUGUGCUGCAACAGCUCGUGGCAGCUUGCGAUCCUGCGAGUUUUGGUCGAGGAGAUGAGAACGUGGUUGACCCCAAGUAUCGGAAAGCAGGCAAGAUUGAUCCAACUCAGUUCGCGACGAGCUUCCAUCCGGCCGACUUUGGAAUUAUCGAGAACAUUGAACAGAUUCUUCUUCCGAGCAUCAGCACUGAGACGGAGAAUAAGUUGCAGUUCAGGAAGCUCAGCGCUGAGCUAUACAAGUUGAAUGUCUACUCUGGCCCAUCUGGGCUAUUCCGCAAGCAUGUCGACACUCCACGAUCUGAAAACCAGAUUGGAUCAUUGGUCGUUUGUCUGCCAUGCUCCUUCCAAGGAGGCAAUCUGAUCAUUCAGCACAACGGCCGGAAGGUCGACUUUGACUGGAGUUCCCAGAGCAAGUUGGUAAUUCAAUGGGCUGCCUUUUACAGUGACUGCGAGCAUGAGAUCCAGACCAUUACCGAAGGCCAUCGCAUCACUCUCACGUACAACCUGUACGUGACGACACCAGUGGGCGGUGCCAUCCCAUCGGACACGUCGAUUGUGGUACCCAGAUCACUGCCUCUGUAUAGCCUCAUGAAGCAGCAGCUGACGGAUCCCAACUUUAUGAAAGAAGGCGGUGUUCUCGGAUUCUACUGCUCUCAUGCCUAUCCCCAUACAUCCGAGGUUGCAGAGCUACAGCUUCCACGAGGCCUCAAAGGCGCUGAUCUGGUGCUGUACUCGGUGCUCAAGUCCCUUGGUAUCGAGGUCAAUGUUCUCCCCGUCCUCGAGAAUGAUGGAAAAUACGGCUCUGCGAACCCCCAGUUGGGGCUAAGCGGGACUGUGAGCCAUAAGAACGGUCGUUUCUACAUGGGUACAUAUGGUGAUUAUGAGGCCUAUGGUCUCAAGGACUAUCUUGCCAAGGGGGAGAAGCUCAAGAUCAACUACUCGGAGAUAAUGCCCCAAGGAUCGGUCGACAUGUCCGACAUUGACCGGCGAUGGAAGAUGCUGUUGAUGGUGCGCCGCGUCCGAGGCAUGACGGAGACGUUUGAAUUUGCAGAGGAGAAAGAUCUGCCCCGGAAGAGUGGCAGCUUCUAUCGAACUGAAGGAUCCCGAGUGGCCCCGAAGCUGCGAGAGUUCGAAACGACCGAUCGUGGACAAGAAGAAGAACUUGACGAGACUGCACGGGAUGCAUGGCCCAACUACUAUCUGCCAGGCAUCACCUGGAUCAACGAGCCCAAGCACGAAGAGAUGGCGUUUAACCAGAUUGCGUAUGGCAAUGAGGCAUCGGUAGGCACACGAUACUCGGUGGCUGCUAUUCUGGCUGUUGUUCCGCCCUCGGAUCAGAGGGCAGUCUCAUAACAGGAUGCAAUUAGAAUUCGUUAUUGGACACUGAGGUCUGUUGGCUAUAUCGUUGUGGUCGUCAAGAAUGGAUUUGCGUUUGUUGUUGUCAAACACGUGACCAGAGAUAUAAACAUCGCCG